AUGCACGAAACAUUGAAGCCCAGCGAGAAUCCUCUUGUUGCGCGAAAGAGGACCGCCGUUCAGAAUAUUGGCUCCAGGUUUCCAGCUGGAUGGGCAUCGGCUGCCGUCUUGCAAGUGUUGCACCUGCACCGGGCAGGGCUUCCUGAGACUAGGUGGCGUCGCAGAGUGGUGGCCCACGAGUCGGAAAAUAUCGCCCAGGUCCACAUGAGCCAGGACGCACACCAUCACCCCAGGCUUGUGAUCAACUAUGACGACAGGUGA